CGGCCAGUAUCGGACGUCAGCAGCCGCAACGUCAACAUCCUCCAUAGCAUCUCAGGGCGAUUUGUGGACCAUCGUAAGGAAUGUCCAUCCUUCCGAUACUUACGUUCAAAGCUGGUAUCUGUGACCUAGAUACCAGCACCUCGCCACCCAAGGUUCGACCUAAGACUCAGCCUGGCUACAUAUAUCUCUACGCUGAGGAUGAGCUAGUUCAUUUCUGCUGGCGGCCUCGCUCCGCACCUCUAGACCACCCUGAGCUCGAUCUUGUUAUGGUUCCGACCGAUGGGCAUUUUCAACCGUAUGACUACGAAGAUCAGCCAGCGACAUCGUCCCAAAUCAGAACUCCGACCAAUGGCCGUAUCUAUGUCCUGAAGUUUUCUUCAAGCUCCCAACGACACCUUUUCUGGCUUCAGUCUAAGAGCCAACAUCCUUCUGGCAAUCCUGGCUGGUUUAGUCCUCGCGACCUAAAGCUGGGUCAAAUUAUUGACCAGCUCCUCCAGGGAGAAGAAGUGGAUGUUCAUGAUGAAAUUGCGAACAUUCAAAACGACAAUGACGAUGAGCCUGACGGCGACGAGACGAUGGAGGAUAUUGAGGGUACUGGUGAACAUGGUGGCGAUCAUCACGGAAGCAGUGGUGGUGGUGCUGGACCAGACGCUACCGGUGGUGAUAUUCGGGAAGAAGGGGAGCCUUCAAGAGAGGGCGGGGCAGAUGGUGGCAGAGCCCUUUCCUCAACCGACCCUUCUACAAUCGUUCAAAACUUUCUAAAUUCAUUAAAAGGAGCCCCGAGCAUGGGACCGGCGUCUCAAGCGGAGGGAAAGCUCUUUACGACGCUAGGGGAUCUUCUCCCCGCCGAAACCACAGCUCCUGUAAUUGAGGCUGCGGGACAGUCCACGGUGGAUCAUCUGCUCUCAUUUCUCCCGCCGGAUUUGAUGCUCCUCGCACAAGAGGUGGACGACAUCUCGUCUGUGGAUCCCAACUCUGAGACCGCUCGGGCUGCCAUCCAGGCGUUGAGUGUCAAUCAAAAGAAAGACAUUCUUAGAAGAGUAGUACGAUCACCGCAAUUCUCCCAGAGCCUUGCCAGCCUCACAGCAGCUCUUCGAGACGGUGGUCUCCCAGGAAUCAGCGAUGCGUUAAGAAUCAAGGUAGAAAAUGGAGGCUUGGUGAGAGGAGGAGGGGUUCCCCUCGGCAGCGGGGAGGCGGUUGAAGCAUUUUUACAAGGCGUCAGGAGAUCUGUCGAGGAGGAGAAUGGCAACCAAAGCAAUCGCAUGGAAACUGAUUAGGACCCUUGUUGAGGAGGGGUAUCAUAUUCCUAGGGAGCGAGCUAGAACCAAUUCAAAGCAAGGUCAUAUAAGUGUCUUGCGCAUUGACCUUCCGUCUUCAAAAGUGAAAAGAUCAAUAACAGCGGUAUUCAUAGGGGAA